AUGUCGACUGAAAAUCGCGGAAACCACUCUGGGCACGGGAGAAAGCCCACAUUCGAGGAAAUGCUGUUUGAACUCCUACAACAGCAGCAGCGGAUGAUGGCCCAGGUGACGCAGCAGAUGACAACUUCGCAAGCGGCCACCCAGAAGUGCCUGAAGGAGCUGUCCCGGGACGACAUCGCACUCGACGCGCUUGCGAGCAACAUUGUCGAGUUCAACCACGAUCCGGAGCAGGGGACAACGUUCGACACGUGGUUCUCCCGCUACUCGGACCUUUUCGACAAAGACGCCGCAAAGCUCGACGACGCCGCGAAAGUCCGACUUCUGAUGAGGAAACUCAACCCGGCAGCGCAUGAACGCUACACAAGUUUCAUCCUGCCAAAGAAGCCCAACGUGCUCUCCUUCAAGGAGACCGUCGAACAAUUGAUGUCCCUCUUCGGAUCUCCGGUGUCGGUGUUCCAUCGCAGGUACAAGUGUCUCCAAGUGACCAAGGAGGAUUCGGAGGACAUUCUCGCCUACUCGUGCCGCGUCAACAGAGCCUGUGUGGACUUCAAACUGUUCGCUCUGUCCGAAGAACAAUUUAAAUGCCUAAUCUUCGUCUGUGGAUUGCGGUCCUCGGGCGAUUCGGACAUGCGAAUGAGGCUCAUCACACGGCUGAACGAGGCGGCGGACAUCACCUUGACGAAGGUCGUCGAGGACUGCAGGAGCUUGGUCAGCCUCAAGCGAGACAACGUCCUGGUCGAAAAUCCGAAGCAGUCAGCGGUGCACGCUGUCAGGCACAACAACAAAACCUUCUCGCCGCCCAAGCAUCAGUCAGCGCCGGAACACGUCUGCCGGGAUUGCGGCAAGAAGGGCCACAAAGAGGGCUACUGUAGCUGUUUUUCCGGAAAGCCUGCAGGGAAGAAAAAGUACGGCGCAAAGAAGACCAAAGCCACCAAGGUCGUCGCCGUGCACAACGUCAGCCGCGGAAGGAAGUACGCGGAGGUGCAGAUAAACAACGUUCCGGUUCGGCUACAAGUGGAUUCUGCGUCGGACAUUACAAUCAUCACCGACCAGAUGUGGAAGCAGAUCGGUAAGCCGAAAGCCGGCCCGCCGUCCUGUAAAGCAGUCACCGCAUCGGGGGAACCGCUGGGGCUCGCUUCGGAGUUCUGGUGUGACGUGACCAUCCAAGGCGUUUCAAAACGAGGGCUGUGUCGUGUCGCUGUUCCCGGAAUCAACUUGUUCGUGCUGGGCACGGACUGGAUGGACAACUUCGGUCUGUGGGAUGUACCCAUCAGCUCGUUCUGCAGCAAGGUGUGCUCUCAACCCCAGCACAGCCUCGAUAAUGGGACUCUGCAUCAAGACCAAAGUCAAGCUCUCUCUUGGGGCAACCCGAAACCUGUGUUCCGGCCGAAACGUCCCGUAGCCUACAGCAUGGAAGGUGCUGUCGAAGAGGAACUGCAGCGUCUCACCAACAUCGGCGUCCUCAAGCCGGUCGAGUUUUCGGACUGGGCCGCGCCAAUCGUCGUUGUGCGGAAGCCCAACGGGACCAUCCGCAUCUGCGCUGACUUUUCCACGGGGCUCAACAGCGUUCUGGAGUCAAACCAACAUCCACUACCACUACCAGAAGACAUCUUCGCAAGUAUGGCCGGAUGCAAGGUCUUUAGUCACAUCGACCUAUCCGAUGCCUACCUUCAAGUGGAAGUGGACCCAGAUUCCCAGAACCUUCUCACCAUCAACACCCAAGGGCUCUACCAGUAUACCCGCUUGACGCCCGGAAUCAAGUCAGCUCCCGGCGCCUACCAGCAGCUGAUGGACACGAUGCUUUGCGGACUCAGCUCAACUUGCGGUUAUCUGGAUGACAUCCUGGUCGCAGGCCGAACGCAGGAAGAGCACGACAGCAACCUUCACCGAGUGCUGAGCCGACUGCAGGAGUACGGUUUCACGGUGAGAAUCGAGAAGUGCAGCUUUUCGAUGCGUCAGAUCAAGUAUCUGGGCCAAAUCAUGGACGGCGACGGUAUUCGGCCAGAUCCAAACAAAACAUCCGCCGUUGCCUCCAUGCCCGCUCCGCACGAUGUUCCCUCACUCCGCUCGUAUCUCGGCGCCGUGAACUACUACUCCAAGUAUGUUCCGGAGAUGCGGAAGCUGCGAUACCCCAUGGACCAGCUGCUGAAGGCGGGGACAAAGUGGGACUGGAACGACGCAUGCCAAAAAUCCUUCGACCGGUUUAAGGAGCUGCUGCAAUCACCGUUGGUACUCACACACUACAACCCCAAGCUGGAAAUUGUGGUAUCAGCGGACGCUUCAACGGUCGGCAUCGGUGCGAGGAUCGCGCAUCGGUUUCAGACGGGGCACCAAAUAGAGAAGGAGGGUCUCGCUCUGAUUUUCGCCGUCACGCGCUUCCAUCGCAUGUUGUUUGGCAGACACUUCCAGCUCGAGACGGAUCCCAAGCCGUUGCUCUCGAUCUUCGGUUCCAAAAAAGGCAUACCCGUCUAUACUGCCAACAGACUCCAAAGCUUCGGCUACGCCGACGUGCUGUCCCGGCUAAUCAACACGCACAUCCGGCCGGACGAGGAGUACGUGAUCGCCGCUAUCCAGCUCGAGAACACCAUGCAGCACAUCGUCGAACGGUCUUUGGAAGGUCUACCGCUCACUUUCAAGGUGAUCAAGACCGGCACUGAAGCGGAUCCAGUUCUCAAGCAAGUCACGCGGUACGUACAGGAAGGCUGGCCAAACAGGAAGGCGGAUCUCGAGGACUCCCAGCUCCAGCAGUUCUACCUUCGCCGAGACGGACUGUCUGCAGUUUCCGGCUGUCUCACCUACGGUGAACGGCUGGUCAUCCCGUCGAAGUUCCACAAACGCGUUCUCCAACUGCUGCACAAGGGUCACCCUGGUGUCGAGAGGAUGAGGUCGAUCGCCCGAAACUACGCGUAUUGGCCUGGAAUCGACGAGAGCAUCGCGCAGCUUGUCCGCACCUGUACCGACUGUGCAUCGGUUGCCAAAACAAGCAACAAGACAACUCUGCAGUCUUUGCCGCUACCGGAGAAACCCUGGCAACGAGUGCAUAUCGAUUUCGCCGGACCAGUCGAUGGCUGGUUUUACCUGAUCCUGGUGGACGCUUUCAGCAAAUGGCCCGAGGUCGUCCCGACAAAGCGCAUCACAACUGCAGCGACUUUGGCCAUCCUCCAGGGAAUUUUCGCGCGAUUUGGUAUGCCGGAAACGCUGACGAGUGACAACGGACGUCAGCUCGUCAGUGAGGAGUUCGAGCGGUACUGUGACAGCAACGGCAUCCUCCACUUGAAAACACCGCCGUUCCAUCCGCAGUCCAACGGGCUUGCGGAGCGUUUCGUGGAUACCUUCAAGAGGACGCUGAAGAAAAUCACAGCGGGGAGCUCUAGCCCAGGCGAUCGACACGUUCCUGCUGUGUUACCGUUCAACGCCCUGUCGCAACCAAUCCGGACAUCGCUCGACCUGCUCAAGCCGCCCACUCCUUUCCACAAGAUCGAGAACAGCAAGCAGGAGAAACAGUUCAAUCAGCAACACGGUGCCAAGGCCCGACACUACCAACCAAAGGACCGGGUCUGGGCCAAAGUGUACAAAAACAACGAUUGGAGCUGGCAACCUGGUCAAGUGCUCGAGCGUGUUGGACGGGUCAUCUACAACGUCUGGCUGCCGACUAAGCAGAACCUGAUCCGAUCUCACUGUAACCAGAUGAAACAACGGUGUGAGUCGGACGACGAUGCUGCGGCGAAGCCGUCCCAGUCGGUGCAGAUUCCGCUCGACAUCCUGCUCGAGUCCUGGGGUCUGGGAACACAGUCGGAGUCAACUGAAGCAGCUCUUGAUGCGCCCGCACCGGUCGCUGAGAUAGGUGCUCCCCGGCACUGGUACUUCCACCAGGUGCCCCGCACUGGUUCCACAACCAGGUGCACAACAAGCGAGGAACCCUCCUCGCACAAAACGCCGCCCUGA